AUGGUUCAAUCCUCCGUUCUUGGAUUCCCUCGCAUGGGAGUCAAUCGAGACCUCAAGAAAGCCACAGAGUCAUAUUGGGGUGGUAAGAUAUCACAAAAAGAGCUUCUCGCCGAAGGAAAGCGUCUCCGUGGAGAGCACUGGAAGAUACAGAAAGAGGCCGGCAUCAACAUCAUUCCCAGCAAUGACUUCUCAUUCUACGACCAUGUCUUGGACCACAUCCAGCUAUUCGGGGCCAUACCCGAAAAGUACUCUAAACACAAUCUGGACCCAAUCGAUGAGUUCUUCGCUAUGGGUAGAGGCCUGCAGAGCCCUCAUACACCCGAAGCUGCCGCAGUCGAUGUUCCCAGUUUGGAGAUGGUAAAAUGGUUCGACUCGAAUUAUCAUUACGUCAAGCCCACAUUCCAAGAUGGACAAAACUUCAAGCUUUCAUCAAACCCCAAGCCUGUAGCGGAGUUUCUUGAGGCCAAAGAAGCAGGCAUCAUCACACGUCCUGUCCUCGUUGGCCCUGUGACAUUCCUUGCCCUUGGCAAAGCAGACCGCGACCAGAACGUUGUACCAAUCAGUCUACUACACAAGCUACUCCCACUCUACGAGGAGAUAUUGGUCAAGCUGAAAGAAGCUGGUGCUGAAUCGGUCCAAAUCGAUGAGCCCUGCCUUGUCCUCGACUUGCCUCCAAAGGUAAGGAAUGCUUUCAAGCCAGCUUAUGACAAAUUGUCAAGCCUUGGCGGCAAGAUCCCAGAACUAGUGGUUGCUACCUACUUUGGCGACAUUGUUCACAACUACGAUGUCCUCCCAUCAUUCUCUAGUCUGCAUGGCCUUCACAUUGACCUUGCUCGAAACCCAGAACAGCUCGAGACUGUCAUCGGCGCUCUUGGCGAAAAGCAGGUACUGUCUGUCGGAGUGGUUGAUGGUCGUAACAUUUGGAAAGCCAACUUCAAGAAAGCUAUUGAGACCGUUGAGACGGUAGUGCAGAAGCUUGGCAAAGAUCGUGUCAUCGUCGCCAGCUCGAGUUCAUUGCUCCAUACACCCCAUACUCUUGCGAGUGAGAAGAAGUUGGAUGAGGAUGUCAAAGACUGGUUUAGCUUUGCAGUCGAGAAGACUAAGGAGCUGGCCAUCAUUGCAAAGGCCGUGACUGAUGGUCCUGCCAGCGUACGCGAGGAACUGGAAGCCAAUGCCAAAUCCAUGGAAGCCAAAGCGACCUCAAAGCGUACGAACGACCCCAAGGUCAAGGAACGCCAGUCAAGAAUCACCGAAGAGAUGUUCAACCGAAAGUCACCAUUCCCAAUACGCAUUGCCCAGCAGCAGGAGAAGCUCAACCUUCCCCUGUUCCCUACUACCACGAUUGGCUCCUUCCCUCAAACCAAGGAGAUCCGAAUCCAAAGGAACAAGUUGACCAAAAGCGAGAUCUCCGAGGAGGAGUAUGAGAAAUUUAUCGAGAGGGAGAUAGAAGAUGUCGUGAAGAUCCAAGAAGAGCUUGGCCUCGACGUCUACGUGCACGGUGAGCCAGAGCGCAAUGAUAUGGUCCAAUACUUCGGCGAACGUCUUACUGGAUACGUCUUCACCACCCACGGUUGGGUGCAGAGCUACGGCUCUCGCUGCGUACGGCCUCCGAUCAUCGUUGGCGAUAUAUCCCGUCCUGCGCCUAUGACCGUUAAAGAGUCGAAAUAUGCGGCCUCCAUCUCAAAGAAACCCAUGAAGGGCAUGCUCACUGGCCCUAUCACCUGUCUGAGAUGGUCAUACCCUCGCAACGAUAUCCAUCAGUCAGUACAAGCCGAGCAAUUGGCUCUUGCCCUGCGUGAUGAAGUGGUUGACCUCGAAUCUGCUGGAGUCUACGUCAUCCAGGUCGAUGAGCCUGCCCUUCGUGAGGGUCUGCCUCUCCGCCAAGGUCUGGAGCGUGAUAAUUACCUCUCAUGGGCCGUCAAGUCCUUCCGCCUCUCCGUCGCUGGAGUGCAAGAUUCCACCCAGAUCCACUCCCACUUCUGCUAUUCCGAGUUUCAAGACUUUUUCAAAGCCAUUGCAGACUUGGACGCAGAUGUGCUCAGUAUCGAAAACAGCAAGAGCGAUGCAAAGCUCUUAAAAGUGUUCGUCGACGAAGCCUACCCCAGGCACAUUGGCCCUGGUGUGUACGACAUUCACUCUCCUCGUAUCCCCAGCGAAGAUGAGAUCAAGGAUAGGAUCGAGGAAAUGCUCCAAUACCUUAAGCCAGAUCAACUCUGGGUUGACCCUGAUUGCGGUCUGAAGACCCGUCAAUGGAAGGAGACCAAAGCUGCUUUGACCAACAUGGUCAACGCUGCCAAGUUCUACCGGCAGAAGUAUUCAAAGUCCUCUUAG